ACUUAUGUGCGGCCGUAGUUGUCGCGUGUUCGAAUUUAGGGUUACGUGAUUUGUUGGUAUAAAUAGUAGCUUGCAGAGUUGGGCGUUUAUCUAAGCUCGCUCGGUUCUUAGGAUAUCAAGUUCGGUAGUAAGGUAUAUGUACUGUGUAUAAGAACAUUUGGUGUUAAAAAUGGACGAUGUUGAUAUACAAAUGGAAUCUACUGACUUGGGUCUGUCGAACGAAGAAGCUGUAUCUUUGUUUAGUUCCUCGUUAAACAAGGCUUUAGAGAAGCAGAAUUCAGUAAUUGUGAAUUCUAUUACAACGCCCACUGAGAAAUUGGCCAGUUCUGCGAAGAGCGCUUCGCGCGUGCCCGACGCUCCGUUUGAAUUCAAACACGAGGGACACAAAAUUCAGUUUGGAUUUAAUCAGGAUAGACUUUCAAAGCUGACGGAAUUAGAACAGUGUUUGCAAGAAGGUGAAUUAUCGAAAGCUCUCAAGAUAGUGACAGAAGAAAAGUCAGCAUUGCAGCACAGAAAUAAGAUUCUUAAGAUCGCUGAUCGGCAUGGGUGGGACACGGUCCAUGAAUAUCUGGAUGACCCCUGGCGGACGAUACUGAGGACGCUGCUAAGUUGCGUUAUGCUGUUGGUCGGGCUGCACGAAAGCGUUCUUACAGGUCAAGGCCAUAUGAUAGACGAAGAGGCUCUUUCUCCGCCAACGACUUUUUUCGUGGCUUUGGCCAAUCGUUUAACACCUCAGGAGGAAACUUCCGGUUCAACACGGGGCGACAGUCAGAGCCUAGAUUUGGGUCACAGAACUUCCAAACCCCACGAGAUUUUGGACGAUGCUUCUAUUGUAAGCAGACAGGACACCUCGUCAGAGACUGCCCUUACAUCAAAGGACAACCUAUUCCCUCCUUAUCCUCGCCAAUCCCGAGUGCAGCAAGCAAGCAAUGAAAGCAAUGAAGUUGAGUAUAUGUUUGAAGAAUUAAAUUAUCAAUGUGAAUAUGAGCAAAGUAUCAAAAUAUCAAGAGUAAAAUCAAAGUUAAAAGAAAAUAUUGCAUUUUGGAAGUCAGAGUUGAAUGCAAAUAGUUUUAUUAUAAAUACUAUCAUGUAUGGAUAUGUAAUACCUUUCAUGCAACAUCCUUCUAGCACAUUUAUUAAAAACAAUAGAUCGGCUGUAAAUCAUUCUGAGUUUGUAGGUUCAGCAAUUUUAGAACUUGUUUCUAAUGGAUGUGCCCGAGAGGUUCAUGAGCCUUCUUAUGUGGUUAAUCCUCUCACUGUUUUGGUCAAUGCGUCAGGAAUACAAGAAGUUUUGGAUGGAGAUUCGACAAAUGGAAAAGAAUACAUCACUUUCAGCCGCUGUAUCAGAAAUUCCCCGUAUCAUCAAAAGUGGUAAAAGUGAGAAG